AUGGAAACCGACGACCUCAGUACGAGAUCUUUCACGCCUACGUCCAGCGAACGCUCCAGUCCCGCUUCGAGCACGUCUGUAUCCGACAGUUCGGUAGUCUUCACUCCGCUCAACCCCUUCCUGAGCCCGUCUUCGCCGCGAAGCCUUAGCCGCGGCGAGUGGCAUGAGGACUUCGGGCAGGAGUCGCGUGAAACCGCCGUCACGAAGCAACGCCACGAAAUCAUACUCUCGGUCCGCGCCGCCAUAGACGCGGCGAUUGGAAGCACCUUUGCUAGAUACGAGCUGGGAGAGCACUCGGGUGCGGCCGAUACGCAAACGGAUCAUGGCCCCAGAAGCACAACCGACGCGGACCUGAUCGACAAUUUGUGGACGGAAAUAGACGCGCUACGCAGGGAAUCUGCCGCGCUGCGAGCGAAUGUUGACGCGCUACGGGCCGAUUCUGCCGCGCUGCGGGCGAAGCUCGCGGACAUCGAGGCGGAGGAGCGUGCCGACGAACUCGCGAAUGCCAAGAACGUUGUCCGCGCGUUGGGUAUGCUGCUCAUGUUUGGCCGUGUCACUCCCUUGGCACCCACCGUAUGGUGGCACCGGACCAAGAAAAUCACGAGAUGCUAUUUCCAGACGGGUCGCCCGCUUGCCCCAAAGCUGUGUGUUGAUAUCGGAUCCGACGACGGAGUCCUCCUGUUGGACAGGUACGUAUACUCCGAACCAGAGGGCAAGGGGUGGCGCGAGAUGGCGAUGUUCUCGGCCACGACGCGGUGUCGCGAUGUGGUGCAGGCCUGGGGCCAUCUUCUGAAUCGGCCGGCUGUGAAGUGA